AUGUCUUGCAGGUAUCAGAUACAUUUCUCGAUAUGCAGAGACUUUGUUGACGUUUAUGUUGCUCACACGCAGCAAGACGGGCCUUUUAUUUUUGUGGUUUCUCUAAAACCAGCUGAGAAAGAUGCAGAAUGGAGUUUAACAGUUUAUACCUCAAUGGAAAGUCCUUACGGGUACAUUUCUGCUUCAGAGUGGCCAUUAAUGAUUUUUUACAUGGUAAUGUGCAUAAUGUACAUAGUUUUUGGAUUCAUGUGGUUCGUUUGGUCUGCUUGUUAUUGGAAAGAUUUGCUACGGAUACAGUUUUGGAUUGCUGCUGUCAUUUUCUUGGGAAUGCUAGAAAAAGCGGUAUUCUACGCUGAAUAUCAAAAUAUAAACAGCACGGGAGUGACAUCACCUGGUCUCUUGGUAUUUGCAGAGCUGGUUUCUUCCAUCAAACCACGCUUGGGAUCGGUGAUGCAUCGUGUAGUUGGAAUGGGUGUCCUCUAUCUCAUAUUUGCCACAGUUGAAGGAGUGAUGCGCGUUAUUGGGACAAAGGAUUCUGACUUGAUUUUACUGGCCAGUAUCCCACUAGCUCUUCUUGACUCCGCAUUGUGCUGGUGGAUAUUUGUAAGCUUGGCUCAAACAAUGAAGACACUGAAGUUAAGAAAGAACACGGUGAAAUACUCACUAUACAGACACUUUACAAAUACAUUAAUUUUCGCCAUAUUAGCAUCUGUAAUAUUUAUGGCAUGGACAACUAAAAAGUUCAGACUGACACCAUGUCCAUCUGACUGGAUGGAGCUCUGGGUGGACGAUGCUUUUUGGAGAUUCCUGUUUUCUGUGGUCUUACUCGUUAUAAUGUUUUUAUGGGGGCCGUCUUCAAACAACCAAAGGUAUGCAUUUACCCCUCUUAUGGAUGAUUCGGACGAUGAAGUAGAAGAAUUCCUUGUUACAGAUCAUUUAGGUAAUCUCUCAGAAGGUAUGAAGUUAAGGGGAACAAAGUCAGAGCCUAACGGAACAGCUAAGUCUGCUGCUGCCAAUACCGAUGAAGACUUAAAGUGGGUGGAAGACAAUAUCCCAAAUUCAUUUGCUGACGUGGCUCUUCCAGUAUUAUUGGACUCUGAUGAGGAGAUCAUGAUGACCAAAUACGAAAUGUCGAAGAUUGAGUGAUGUCUACAGAGAUUGCUCCUUGUCAAUGAACUGUGAAUUGCUUCACCAAGAGGCCAGGAUUUGGUACUGGCUACUUCAGUGUUGGAGACUUCUGAUAAUAAUUCAGUAUAUGGCGUGUUUGUACUAUCCAAUCUUAAACAGAUCUUCCUUCUUUUUACAUAUGACUGUAAACAUGUCAUGAAGGGAUUAUUUUACAGCAGAGUCAAAGUAAAGACUUUAACGUCAAUGCAAAUUUAAAUUUUU